CCUUGAAUGCACGAAUGUAAAAUUCAAACACGCGUAUGCUCAUGAUUUUCCUCCGAUAAAUCGAAUCAACUCUCUAUAUUUAAUUUCGAAAGAAUAAUUUGAUGAUGCACCGAAUAUAUACUGUACUUGAUGACACAAAUAAUUCUAAAUGAAAAAAAAGAAAAAAGAAAAAAGAAAGUGGGAACUAUGUAGUUGAUUUCGGAACGCGUUCUUUCGUCUAUUGCGUGAAAUUAAAUUGAGAAUGGCCGGGAAGAUGGCGGCGGCAGAGUUAAAACGUGAUAAUGUUUCGUGCUACGAAACUGUGAAAAAAAAUGUAUCGGCAAUAACAUUGCACAGGGAAAUAGAAUGUUAUCAAUUCAAAUUGUUAGACUUGUUUUACUAUGUCGCUUCUGUCAGUUUUUUUUUCAUCGAUAUAGCAACAGAUAGUAUUGUAUUUAUGGGAUAUUUUUUGCAAGGCGAAUUUGUUUGGGGAUGCUUUGCUUUGUGCUUUGCAAUUUUACCUGCAGCCGUUAUUCAAAUGUUUAGUUUGAGAUGGUAUCACAGCGACGGUUCCAUUAAGAAUAUACAUUGGUUAUUGCAUUUUUUAUUCUUAGGAGUAUUACACAGGUAUUUAAUUUUACUUUGUUCUACGAUAUAUUCAUUAAGGAGCAAACGAUUUGUGAAGGAUAAGAAUUGGGUAUAUAGACAGGAAAGUGAUAUAUGUAUGUUGCAUUUAUUUGAGUCGUUUAUGGGGGCUGCUCCACAAUUAAUAUUGCAACUAUAUAUCAUGGCAGUAUUACGUUAUACACCACUAUGGACAAGUUUAUCCGCCAUAGUCUCCUUUUGUUCAUUGAGCUGGGCUGUAGGUACGUAUACAAAAGCCAUGCACAGAAUAAAUCCUGGCCACAAUGAAGCAACGUGGAUAGUACUGACACUUCAGGGUCUUUGGCGUGCCGGAAUGCUAAUAUCCAGGAUAGCUGUUCUGGUUUUGACAGCCGUCUGUUUGAGAGAAUGGUCCUUAUUGUUUCUUGGUAAGUGUGAGAGCGAGCUGACAAGAUUGCUCAAAAUAGAUUUAUGUCUUUCACGUAGUGCGUGUUCCACUCUGAAUGUUACAGGAUUCCACUGGCUUUCAAUGACCAUUUGGGUGCUCCUCCAAAACACAGAUUUCUGCCCAACUGUAUGGGAAGAGCGUAUUUACAAUUGUAUUAUAGGAUUUAUUUAUUGUUUCGAUUUUUUUAAUUUGCGCGUCGGCAGAUCCCGGUACAGAGUAUUUGUGUUUUAUUCUGUCAUUGUGAUAGAAAAUAUAGCCUUUUUGAUCGUGUUUGUAUUAUGUUUCAAAGAUGCGAUAAAAGCCGAGGAGAUGGCGGUAAUGGCGAGUUUGAUAAUCGGAGGAAUGAUUAUUGGCUUGACGAGCAUGUUGUUCUACUAUGGAAAGUUUCACCCGUCGAGAGUCGGAGGUUUGCCUAACGUUGCCGAGGGAAAGUCCGUGCCCGUAACCAACAAAGCUGCCACACCGAGAUCUUUCAAACAGUAUUAUCCCAAUUCAUUCGCGUCGUCGUCGUGCUCUAUCGAUCAUUCGCGACAGGCCACGUCCGAGGAGAUCACGACGGACAAACAGUACUUGUUAACCAACAUCGUGCAAAAUUCCGACUGCACGGAGAGCGGCGUUGUCAAUCAAACCUGCCAGAUUGAGAGCGAACCAGCGGCGACUGCCAUUCGCCUGGUCUCCGAGUGCGAGCCGGCGCACAACGUUACGAAGGACGAGACCGCGUCGACGGGGAAAAAUACGUUCCCCGUGGCCGCUGACAACGUCGCCUGCGAGUACCUCGAGAUUCAAAGCGACUGCAACGACUCCAGCGAGAAGGACAUUCAUCGUCAGAAGCGCAGGGGCAUCUGUUUGCCAACGUCCCACGGAUUGUUAGACAUGGACAAGGAUGUCGUACCGAGGACGGAGACUCCAAACGCCUGUCUCCCGUUGCAAAAGCGACGAGGCAUCUGUUUCUCGAGUCAGCUUAUCCUCGAGAUGGAGAACGAGGAUAAGGUCGCGCAGGAGAAGGUCGCGGCCAAUAGGAACCUGGCGAGUACGAAAUGCGACGAAUUGAAAGAACGUCCCCGCGAUGGUAAUAUGUGCGAGGGACGUGCGAACAGUAUCGCGAUGUUGAGAGAGAGACUGGAAACGCCGACGACAUUCAACGAGAAGAUCACCAGUACGGAGAAGUUGACGAAGGAGUUGCAACAGAGGGAUGAAACGAUGAGCUGCGUCACCUCGAUCCACGACUACGAGAACGUUUGCCCUCUGGGCGUGGCCAGGCCGCCGUGGUGUAUUCGCAGUUGGAAAGGCUACACGGACAUAGAGACCUACAUCCACGACGACAGCGUCGUCAGGGACAGGAGGAGAGACACCCUGACAAGCACCACCACCGGCACCACUUACAGCUCCGAGUUUUCCGACACGACCUGCGCCAGCUCGCUGCUGAGAGGGAUCCUGAAGCAAGACGAUUACCUCGACACGCUCACGUACGAUUUGAUAGACAACAACGACGAUCUCGCUGGGAAAAGAGUGUCCAGCAUGGACGAGCAAAACCCGACUCUGUACAUCGCGAAGCCGGUGGUGAUUGACGACAAAGGUGGAAUGUUCGCGCUGGACACGAUCUUGGAGGAGCACGACGAAAUCGCGGCGGAUGAGAAGUUCGAGUACAGCCGGUCCGGCUCCGACUCGGUCAGCACGUUGGUCAGCACGAUAGAUCAGAUCAGGAGGUACACGGCGGAGAAUUCGCCGAGGCACGUCUAUCACACCACCGGUAGCCAGUGGGAGGACUUCGAUCCGAAAAAUUUGAUCAAACGGGCGCAGCUGACGAGGGCGUUGUUCAACGGCGACGCCGCCACUUGCAACAGAAAUUACAUCAACCGAUUGGACAACGAGUCGGAAUCGAUCCAAGUACGGGGUAAACGCGAGAUAGACGCAAUCGGCGACUUGGUCAAAUACUGCACGACGAUAGAGUCGUUCAAGAAGACGCCUCUGAUCGACGCGAUACUCUCCGACUCGCCGAUCUUGGGUAGCAAGGCGAAACCGCAGAAACAGAACGGCCCGAUCGCGUGUCGAAAGGACGAAUUCGACUCGAAGGAGAACGACUUGUACGUGGAGAUGAGCCCGUUGGUACCCGUCGAGAACGUCAAGGUUGUACAUAAUAAUUUCACCGUUGCGAACGUUAGCUCCACGGCUGCAAGGCUGAACGCCGACGACAACGGUGGGGAGAAGCUGGAGACGAUGGACGAUAAACGUAGAAAGCCGAUCAAUUACCCAAGGCGAAAGUUCUCCUUGUUGAAAGAGAAAUUCGAGUCCAAGUCGCAGCUGGUUUACGUCGUCACCCCGAGCAACGCCAUCAAGAUCGAACAGUCCGCUGCCUCUUCAGAGGUGGACCCGUCCAAGAGGAACGUCUCGGUAAUUUUGAAGAAGUCGUCCGAUUGUACAAAGUGCGACAAGGAGAAUUUAGCUCCUGCCGCGACCUUUAGAGCAGCCAGCCACGAGAAGAACGACAGAUCUCACUCGAAUGUCCUUGAGAACGAUGAGUCCUUGUGCGGCGGCGAUUUGAAUUUAAAGGAGAGAAGGCAUAUGUUUCUGGAGCAGGUUCUGUCGCCCCCGAAACUGCUAACGUGGAGUAAAAGAAAGUCUCUGAGCGGUUCCACUGUGAAAAAGCCUGCAUAAAAAUGGCGUUGCGUAACGAGUAAUAUUUUUAACCGUUCUAAAAAUAAGAUUGUAGCAGCGAGGAUUGAUACGAUCAAUGUAUUUGUUACUUGUUGCAUCUGCCAUCUCGCAUGAUUAAUUUCAAUCGUGCAGGAAAUAAGAAUGAUGUACAUACAUGGUUCAGCAGUCAAAUACACGUACGCGACUUGUAUGCAAAUGUUUUUGCAAGCCGACCGAGUGAAACUUACUGUUUUCGUA